CCCUUUAAUACUCUCUUCGAUGUAAAUAAAAAUUAACUUCCGGUAAAAUUGCACAUGUGUAUGUUUUGAAGUUGUUUUUAUACUUUUAUUUUGUAAUAUUGAGGUAUUUAAUGUAACAAUUUAAAAAAGAAAACUAUACAACAUAAUGGGAAGUAAAACUAAAACCAGCAAACUUCCCAGACUGCAUAAAGGAAAAGCGAAAAGAUGGAAAAAGGGCCACAGUUCAACGUCAAAUCCAGAAAAGAAGACUUACAGAGAAGCUGCAAGGAAUAGAUUUUUCAGUAAAAAUGAUGGGCCAAGUACAUUGACUGUUGAUGCCCUAGCAAAACAUGACAAAAGUCAAGGUGAAAAUGAUGCUGAAUCCAUGGCAACAGAAUCAGAUCAGCAGACUAUGGGAACCUUUAAAACAUGGGCAACUAAUUGGACAGACUGUACAAAUGCAACAUUCAGCAAAGUUCAUCGGUACUGGGCCUCUAAUUCGGCUCUACACAAGGAGAUCCUUGCAGUCCUUGCUGCCGUGACAGAAGUGAUAAAGUCAGAAGGUGGAAAAGAAACCGAGACAGAAUAUUUUGCUGCAUUGAUGACAUCACUAGAAGGUGCGGAAGGUGUAGAGUCUAUUACAGCCAUUGUUUAUCUGUUGUCACUAGUUUUAAAAAGAGUACCAGUUCCAGUAUUGAGGAAUAAAUUUUCUGAGGUUUCAAAAUGUUUGCUUGAUUUGAUGGGUCAGUAUGCUGAUGAAGAUGCUACUUCUCUUCUUAAAUCUUUGAUUACAUCGUUGGCAUUUGUGUUACGAUCACAAGAACGUGCUGUAUGGAACAACUCCUCCACACAACAAAUCUACAAGGGACUUCUUACAUUCAUAACUCACAAGAAACCAAAGAUAAGGAGAACAGCACAGCAAGGUGUAUGUAUUGUAUUAAAGGGAAGUUUAUUUAUGCUACAAGACAAUUCCCCGUCACAUCACCCUGCUGCAGCCAUGACAGCCAAACAUUGUAUACAAGUCAUUGAGGCCACAGGAGGUAUGGGAGAGGCUAUAGAUACGUUACAUACAUUAUCCUUGUUGAAACAAGUUCUUCCUGUGUUUCCUCAGAACAGUGUGAAAACUGUAUGUGAAACUAUACUCAAAGUUAUGACCCUUAGCAAUGUGAUGGUAACUGCCAGCAGUAUGCAGGUGUUGCACAGUUUGUUCCAGGCAAAACCUAAACCUGAAACCCUACCAGCUGAGCUCAAUGCACAAAUUAUAACAGCCUUGUAUGAUUACCAGCCAUCAGAAAACGAUGUCCAGCCAACACAAGCUUGGCUAGUUGUCAUGGAAACAGCACAUGUAAAUUUAUCAAGUUUGGAUGGGAAACUUUGUAUAAGUCAUUUACCACGACUAUUCUCCGCUGGAAUGGUGUGUUUGUUGUCGGUAAAACCAGAAAUUACACAAGCUGCUGCUAAAUCAUUGAAGUGUGUGAUAAGCAGUUGUAUUGCCCUAUUAGCCGAGAGUUUGGCACCACAGUUAAAUACAGAGGCAGGUAAUACAUCUAUACAUAAGAUAAUAAAGGCAAUAGAGAGUGGACUUGGAUAUCAGUUUCACGCCUCAUGGGGACUUGUACUUCAAAUGUUUGCCGUAUUAUAUCAGAGUUUAGGCAAACAGUCACCUGCAGCAUUUACCAAGAGUUUGUCAACAAUAGCUGAACUAAGAGACAGUGUAAGAUUUCCAUACAAAGGAGAACUUGACCAUGCUGUGGGCUGUGCAGUUAAAACAAUGGGUCCUAGGACAGUGCUUAGUGCAAUACCUCUACAGAUCACAGGGCAGAGUGAUGAUCUAGAUUUUCCCAGGAGUUGGUUAUUACCUGUAAUCAGAGACAAUGUUCAAGAAACAGAACUUAGCUUCUUUACAUCAUAUUUCCUACCACUAGCAGCAAAACUCAGACAAAGAGCAUUAGAGUUGUCUGAUCAGCAGAAUAUAGUAGCAUCAAAAACAUAUGAGGCAUUACAGUUACAGAUUUGGUCCAUGUUGCCUGGUUUUUGUACUCGACCUACAGAUCUUGCUCAGUCAUUUAAAGGAAUAGCUAAAGUAUUAGGUACAGCUAUAAGUGAGAGAGAAGAUCUGAGAAUGGACGUUAUGGCUUCAUUAAGGAAACUUAUCAACCAGAGUAUCACCAAUGAUGAUGCUAAGGCAGAAUUAUCCAGGUUUUCUAAGAAUUUUCUGCCUAUCCUGUUUAACUUGUACACAACAGACCCUGUCCGUGACAAAGAUCCAUCAAAACUUGCCGUGUUAGAAACAGUGAAAUCAUACCUGCAAAUCACUGAUAAACAGGCUGUGGCCACAUAUUGUAGUAAAUGUAGGGAAAGACUAACAGAAGAGAACAUCACAGCAUAUAAAAGACAUGCGUUACAUGAUUUACUGAUAGGAUUUUUACCAUAUCUGGUUGAGACGGAAUUGUUGAAUGUUUACCAGUUAGCUAUUGAACAUUUACAGGAUACAGAUAAAUCCAUACAGAAGAAAUGUUACCGUAUACUAGAGGAGAUAUGUUCCGGAAAGUCUGUUGAGACAAGACAGUUUGUGAUAGAAAACCUCGCCAGUAUACAAACUUCGCUGUUAUCCUCACUGUCUGCUUCAAGUCCAUCUUCCAAAGCUCCUAGAUUGAGAUGUCUUGUCAAUAUUUUUCAAUUACUGGACAAAAGACAAGACGAUUUCCUGCUAGCUGUUGUACCAGAGGCUAUACUGUGUACUAAAGAGGUGGCAGAGAGGGCCAGGGCAGCUUCAUAUAAUCUCCUUGUUGAGAUGGGACAAGCUGCUAAACGUUGGUCAGAUAAUAAUGAUAAUGGUGUUUUAGAGGAAUAUUUCAAGAUGGUUAUGGCAGGAUUUGCAGGCUCCCCACAAAUGAUUAGUGCAACACUACUUGCCUUAACAAGAAUCAUGUACCAGUUUAAAGCUGAGAUAUCAAGUGGAAUGUUGGAAUCAAUUAUAGACAGUGUAUGCUUAUUACUGAGGUCAAAGUCACGUGAGGUCGUACAAAGUGCCCUCGCAUUUUUGAAGGUCACAGUUUCAGUGUAUCCAGUCACUACACUGGCACAGUAUCUUAAAUCUAUAAUGGAGAGUUUAACAAGUAUGAAAGAAGAUUGUCACCAUCAUUUCAGAUUUAAAGCUAAGGAGGUUUAUACCAAGCUCAUUAAAAAGUUUACCUAUGAGACAAUCUACAACAUGGCAACAGACAGUAUACGUAAACAGCUUGUAAAUAUACGUAAAACUCUGGAACGAUCAAAGAAGAAGAGGCGAGCUGAUGAGGGUAGUGACAGCGACGAUGAACAGGAGCAUUUCAAUACACAAGUUGAGAGUAUUGAUGAGCUUCUGAAAGAUUCAGAUUCAGAGCCUGAAGAAGCUGAGAAAGAUAAAAGGCCAAAAUUGAAGGCCAAGAGAUCAAUAAAAGGUAACCAAGAGACAGGGAAGGCGUGGCUACAUGAAGGUGGAGAUGAUGACAUCACUGAUUUUAUGGACACUUCUGCUGCAAAGAAAGUCAUGGCUACAAAGCCAGUAGAAAAGAAAGAAAAGAAGAUGGAUUCUGGAUUUAAGACAGCACCUGAUGGUAGACUUAUUAUUACAGAAUCGAGUGAUGAUGAAGGAGGAAAUAGCGAGGAUGAAGAUAUAGAUGAGUUACUGGAAGCUCUGGAGAAGGGACGUGACUCUGGAAAGAUAAAGCAAACCAGGAAAAGAAAGAUAGAAGAUCUUGGCGGAUCAGAUGAUGAGACCUCCAGUCCACCUAAAUAUAGAGCUGGAGGUGGUGGUAUACACAGACCUCUCAACAAACAAGACAAACCAGCUAGAAAACCACAAUUUGGUAGUGAAUACAAGUCAAAGAAGGGAGGUGGAGAUGUGAAGAAAGUUGGCAAACAUGAUCCUUAUGCCUAUGUUCCACUAGAUUUCACAAGUCUUAACAAAAGGAAACAAGCAAAGAUGAAGGGUCAGUUUAAGAAUCUGGUAAGAGGAGCAAAGAAAGGGGCUGCCAAAGGGAAGAAAGCAAAAAAGAGAUCUUGAAUUAGCCAGAUACAGAAAAAUAUACGUUGAUAAAUUCAUGAUAAAAAAUAAAAGGUUUUAAUUUAUUCGUCAUUUGCUGAUGAGGAUUGGCAGACUUGUUUCUAUGUUACAUGUAAAACUAGAAAAUAACAUUCAAAGUUUCGGUAAAGUUGCUAACCUUCAAGUGUGUACAUUUGGUAUUAAACUAUUUAAAGUGAGUCCUGGGCACUGCACAUGUUUUUUUGUCCCGUAUUGUUCAGAGACAUUUUUUAAUGCAAUCGACCUUGUGUUACAUCUUCAUGUAGCGCUCUGCAAACAAAAUUACCGUCACUCUUGUACCGAGGUUUGUGAACUCGAAUUCUGCUGCUUUUUUCAUGAACUAGCUUUUUGAUUUAGUUGUGAUUUUGAAAAAGACCCCAUUUGCUAUGUUGAACGAUUUUUGCAUAGUCUGCUUUUCUAAGUACUGGUUUGUAGUUUGCUUUGACAUGCUGUUAUAGCAGUUUUGAAUGUUAUAGAAAUAAAAUGAAAGAAAUAUGACAUUAAAUUUUAUUUAAA